AUGAUCGCUAACAGGAUACAGUUUGAUGCAGUCAAGCAUGAUAUCUUCCAUCCAAACCAACUUGGCGGCAUCCGCCAGAGGUCAACUGAGGAUGCUGGAUUGAUUCUGACUCAUCUCGUGCGAGCGGGGUGGGUUAAGGGUCUCCAGACUAGCGCGCUGGCUUUUCACUUUUCGCGUCGACGAGAUGCCUACAAUCCCUCGCUGGAUCUGGGACCUAUUGGAGGUACUUGGGCUUUCUACUUUGACCGCGGGCUCACGUUUCAUGAGCACGUUCACUACUACGCCACCAAGGCGUUUACCACUGUGCAGGCCAUGCGCAUGCUCUAUGCCACCAAGGCAUUUACCACCGUGCAGGCCAUGCGCAUGCUCGGGAACUCUACUAGAGGACUCUCGCCUAAACAGCGCCGCCUCUUGUAUCGGUCGUGCGUGGUCCCCAUUGCCACAUACGGCUAUCGUCUCUGGUAUUUCGAUGGUGCCCGCAAUAAGGGCGCGAUGAACCAGCUAAAACGGAUGCAGCGUAAAGCUGCUCUAUGGAUCACGGGUGCUUUCCGCACCUCACCUACAGGCGGUCUUGAGGCCCUUGCUGGCCUCAUCCCCGUCCAUCUCAUGCUGAAGAAGUUGGCAACGCGCGCAGUGUAUCGCGUUGCCACCCUCUCAGACACUCACCCCCUUCGCUCUAUGAUGGGCGAGGGACUCCUCAAGCGAGCUGCACCACACGCUCGCUCUGCCGCCUUGAUGACCCCAGCCAUGCGAGGGAAAGUCAAGAGCACUGUCAUGGAGGUGGAUGAACGUGUCCACACCUUAACUGAGAGCUUCGAGCCUUUUGCGCCCGAAGCUCGCCCAGGCGACCGGUUACUGGACCGCCAUGCGGACCGUCUCCAUUUUGACGAGUGUGAUCCUGGCCAGGAUAGGCGCCCAUAUCUAGACGAGCUCAUUGCGAAGGCAAGGGCCGACCCACUAACAGUACUGGCUGCAACUGAUGGAUCUGUCCCUCAGUCCAACCAGUAUCAGGCGGCUUCGGCUGCCAUCAUCUACAAGGGACAUCGCGAGCUCGAGAGGACUCGCUAUGUCUCUGGCAGAGUUACCGCCCCGGAUGCGGAACUCAAUGCCAUUUCGUGCGCAGUGCGCCUUGCCGUUAAGCAGGCAAACUGCCAACAUAUUAUGGUCUUUACUGACUCUAUGGGCUCGGCCCAUAGAGCGGUUGACCCCGGCGUGCAUUCUGGGCAGGCUUUUAGUCUGUCAGUAUGUCGCGCUCUUCAAGAGUGGUUUGAGGCGGAUGAUCUCCGUCGCAUUACCUUCGUCUACGUCCCUUCCGCUAUGCGGUGGGACAUUCAUGACACGCUACGCUCCCAAGCGGCGCACUCAGUCCUGGAUUCGUGGAGUUCCACUUUCCAGGAUCCAACUUACCGAGGCUCUGAAUUCUUAGAGCUUCAACAGCCUGACGGGCGGCCGCUACAGCCAUCGUACCUCAAUGGGGGACCUUGGCUUUCAACCUUCGGACACAGUAUCACUGAGUUCGCUCGCGUUUGCCGGUGCAUAACUGGCCACACGCCCAUUGGAGCGUAUUAUCGUCGCUUCAAGAUCAAUGAGCCUCAUGGCUGCACUUGCGGGGCUGCUUUGCAGUCUCGCCAGCAUAUCCUCUUUCGCUGUCGUGAUAGAUAUUCUGUACACUAUCCCUGUUUUCUCGGGGAUAUUGCAUCAUUUAUGAAGUACAACCCUACAGCGUUCGGCUUCAACCGGGACCCCUCAGGUGUCGGAUAA